AACCCCAACAAAUUGCUUGGCUGAGACCGACUUUCGCAAAGAUCGACUCAUUUACAAUACACCUGAUAAUUCAUAAAUUUUUCUAAUUUCAAUCCAAGAAAUGAUUUGUAAUUUUACUAAAGUAUCCAAAUGGCUAAUACUAAUAAUAAUAAAAAAAAAAAAAGUCAAAUGUGUUAAUUAUUCAAAGUAACGAGACAAAUCAACAAUAUUCAACAUUACCCCGUUUGCUUAGAUGUUAGAUCUAACUCAUCACACACUUGCACACCAAUCUCACAAAACCAAAAUUAAAAAAAAAAAAAAAAAUCAUUGUGCAGAGUUGCAGACAGACAAACCGACGCCGGCUUCAUUUCCUCUCUUCACUCACCAAAACAAACAGAGAGAAAAAAACCGGGCUCACCAGAUUCACAUCUGCACGAUCCAUCCUCUUCCUCCGCCUACCACCAACAAUGGCGAAACUCCACCAUCUCCUCUCUCUCUCUCUCCUCCUCCUCACCCUCAUCCCUCUCUCAAUCGCCGAGAUCAAAACCCUCAAAAUCAUCUCCGACUCUCGCCCUAUGAUUCUCUUCGAGAAAUUCGGCUUCACUCACACGGGCCGUGUUAACGUUGCCGUGUCUUCCGUCUCUGUUACCUCCAAUCUCUCUCCUCCUGAGCCUUCUCGUCUUGGUUUCUUCCUCCUUUCUGAAGAAUCCCUUCUUCAAGUUCUUCUUGAGAUCCAGCAAAACCCAUCCUUUUGUGUUCUUGAUUCUCAGUAUACAACUCAUUUGUUUACUUUUCGAGAUCUUUCUCCUCCUCCUGCUUCUUCGUUUAAUCAAUCUUACCCUGUUAGUAUUCCCAAUGAAUACAGUCUGUUCUUCGCUAAUUGUAACCCAGAAAGCUCGGUUACCAUGACUGUUCAUACUGAGAUGUAUAAUGUGGAGUUUAAUGGGGUCAAGGAUUAUCUUCCUGCAGGUCAAACUCAAUUACCCUCUUUGUAUUUUCUGUUUUCAAUUGUUUAUUUUGUGUUUUUGGGGUAUUGGGUUGUUGCUUGUUUGAAGAAUAAGAAAUCUGUUCAUAGAAUUCAUCUUUUGAUGUCUGGAUUGUUGGUUAUGAAAGCAUUGAAUUUGAUCUGUGCUGCUGAGGAUAAACAUUAUGUUAAGGUUACCGGAUCGCCGCACGGUUGGGACGUGCUGUUUUAUAUGUUUCAGUUUCUUAGGGUUGUGUUGUUGUUUACUGUGAUUGUGUUGGUUGGUACUGGGUGGUCGUUUUUGAAGCCUUUCUUGCAGGAGAAGGAGAAGAAGGUGCUUAUGAUUGUGAUCCCACUUCAGGUUUUAGCUAAUGUGGCUUCUAUUGUGAUUGGCGAAACCGGGCCUUUUAUUAAGGAUUGGGUUACAUGGAAUCAGGUGUUUUUGUUGGUUGAUAUUAUAUGUUGUUGUGCGAUUAUCUUCCCUAUUGUGUGGUCAAUUCGAUCUUUGAGGGAGACGUCGAAGACAGAUGGGAAAGCUGCUAGGAAUUUGUCUAAGUUGACCUUGUUUAGGCAAUUCUAUAUUGUUGUUAUCGGGUAUUUGUAUUUCACUAGGAUUGUCGUGUUUGCACUGAGAACCAUCUCUGCGUACAAGUAUCAGUGGGUGAGCAAUGCAGCUGAGGAAAUUGCUAGUCUGGUGUUCUAUGUGAUCAUGUUUUACAUGUUUAGGCCGGUUGAGAGAAACGAGUAUUUUGCCCUUGAUGACGAUGAAGAAGAAGCUGCUGAGAUGGCUCUUCGUGAUGAGGAGUUUGAGCUUUAGAAAUAAGGCCAAACUCAACUCACGAUUUGAUGCCUUUUUUUGAGACUUUAUUAAUGCGGCUUGAGAGCUUGCUAACUACUCUGAUGUUUUGGGCUCAAAACUGCUUAACACAGGUCUGCAGUUGCUUCUUCAGUUUUAUGCUGGCUCUUUUUUUUUUUUUUUUUUUUUUUUUUUUUUUUUUUUUUUUUUUUUUUACCUUUAAGAAUUUUAUAUCCAAGUAGUGGUUGUAAUUCUCCUUAAACACAGUUUAAUGUUGCCUUGUAAUAUUAAUACAUUUCAGUACAUUUUUAUAUACUUAACAAGCCAAUGUUAAAAUCAAUUCAUGCAACAUAUUGCUAUCUGUAUCA